UUUCAAAAAAAAUCCACAAAAAAUUUGACUGUAAUUCAAUAGUAUAUGUAUCAUUAUCAAUCCCAUUUUCCUCAUCUUCUCCAAGAUCAAUUUCUUCUAAAUUUCCUCCCUAUACCCCGAAGUUAAUUACAACUAUACAGACUAAUGCUCGGCAAAUGGAUUUUACCGGUACCGGGAGUAGCGAUACAGAAAAAUACCGAAGAAUGCGCUUUAUUAUGGCAUCAACCCAAAUUUUCGUAGCUACGUUCUUUUUCUAGUUAUGAAAUGUGGCGAUGAACAAUCGCCAUGAAAUCUGAUUUUGUUUAGUCCCCAUUUUGUUUAUUUCUCUCCUACUCUUCUCAUUUUAGUUUUUCUCACUUUUCACAAUAAAAUUGAUAUUUUCUUCACUCUGACUAAAAUUAUUUUCAGACUAAAGUUAUAAAAAAUGAAUUUUCUUCCACCAGAAGUUCAACUAGAUAUAUUUAAAUGUCUUAAUUUCGAACAAUUAUUAAAUAUUCAACAAACAAAUAGUUUUUAUAAAAAUUUUGUUAAAGAAUAUGAGAAUCAAUUGGCACUUAAGGAAUUUUAUAAAAUUAAAACUUGGAAAUGGGUUAUGCAAAAAUCAAUUCCUUUGUUUUUAAGUAAUGAAAUGUUAGUAAUUUAUGUUUCUGCCUGUCAAAUAGAGCAAAGUUAUGGAUGCAAGAAAGAAAUCCUUUUACAAUUUCCAAACGUUCCAACAAAUAUCGAAGAGAUGAAAAUUGCUCGUUAUUUACUUCAUCAACUUUUUAAAUGUGUCUUUGAAUCUACUGAUUUUAGUGGCGGUAUAUUUAAUCCCCAAAUGAUUCAAUUAUUAUUUGAUGAAAACAAAACAAAUAUACCUUUACAAAUUCAUUCACACGUUGCCAAUCUAUCUAUCGAUAAAGGAGAUUUUUCAAAAUUUGCUUUGAAUCAUUUGACUUCUCGGGGAUUUAUCGCUAAAGUUAUCCUUGCCAGCUAUUUAGAGAAAUGUAGAAAUAAUUUAUUUGAAAUUUUGAUAAAUAGAGGAAAUAGAUUUUCUAAUGUGUGGUAUAAUAAUGCUAAUUCAAUAUUUUACGAUCUAAUUAUACAGCAUAUAGAAACAUCAAUAGAUCUUUCUAAAAUGGUAAAGGAAAUAACAUUAAAUAAUGUUUCUGGUGAUAUUUUGAAAAACAAAAGAACGGAAAAUAUUGAGAAAGAGAUUGGCUUCGACAAUUUGAGAUCUGUUAAAUACGAGCUUUCCAAUAAACACAAUCCAAAAAUGAAGUUUUCUGUUAAUAUUAAAGAAGUCUCUAAGUUACGUUUUAAUGUUGAAAUAAAAGAAGUAAUGAACGUCGCAUUUAUUUAG